AUGUCAAAUCCACUUCCUUCGGAGCCCGUCUCCCAUAUGCCGAUGACGGCGGCUAUCAUGCGCACCGAGUCCACACUCCAGCCCGAUCCCGAGGCAAAGCCGACAAAAGUUGUUGGAAAGGAGCUUGAGCUCGCGGAGAAAGAUUUCUCAUCGGAUCACCGGGAUGUGUCGAUCGAUGGCGGAUCUAUGAAUCCUACCGACGACCAUACCCACCGCAAGCUUAAGCCUCGCCAUCUCCAAUUGAUCGGUAUUGGAGGGACGAUUGGGACGGUCCUGUACGUUCAGAUCGGGUCCGGUCUCGCAGAAAUGGUCACCUAUCUCCCCAUCUCCUCGCCAUUCAUCCGCUUCGCAGGCCGCUACGUCGACGAAGCUCUAGGCGUGGCAGCCGGGUACAACUUCUUCAUCUUCGAAGCCACUCUAGUCCCCUUUGAAGUCGUCGCCGUCAGCCUGAUUCUCAAGUACUGGACCAGCGCCAUCCCAGUCGCUGCGAUGAAUGUCAUCGUGCUAGUUCUCUACUCCCUACUAAACGCGUUCGCCGUAAAAUGGUACGGCGAAGCCGAAUUCUGGCUCGCCCUCGGCAAAGUCCUGCUCAGUACGGGGCUGAUCUUCUACACGUUCAUCGUGAUGGUGGGCGGGAAUCCUCUCGGCGACCGCUUCGGGUUCCGGUACUGGAACGAGCCCGGCGCUUUUGCGGAGUACUACAAACCCGACAGUCUGGGCAAGUUCCUGGGCUUUUUGUCUGCGCUUAUCACGGCCAGUUUCACCAUCGCCGGACCGGACUAUAUCUCCAUGGCAGCUGGCGAAACAGUGAACCCGCGCGGCGUGCUGCCGAAGGCAUAUAAUGGUGUUUUCUAUCGACUCACGACAUUCUUUGUGCUUGGAGUUCUGUGCGUGGGUAUCUUGGUCCCUUAUAAUGAUGAAACGAUGGCUGCUGCUUUUGACAACGACAAGCCUGGUGCUGCUGCGUCGCCGUAUGUCAUUUCCAUGGAUCGCUUGGGCAUUCCUAUCCUGCCGCAUAUUGUCAACGCGGUUAUUCUCACGGCGUCGUUCAGCGCGGGCAAUAGUUAUGUUUAUUGUGCAAGUCGCAGUUUAUAUGGACUGGCGCUGGAGCGCAAGGCACCUCAGUUCCUGACCAAGUGCACUAGUAGCGGCGUGCCGAUUUACUGCGUUGGCGUUGUGCUACUGAUCGCCCUGCUCAGUUUUCUGCAGGUCUCCAAUGACGCCGCGGUUGUGCUGAACUGGUUCGUCAAUCUGGUGACCGCCUCCCAACUAAUCAACUUCUCCGUAAUAACGUUCACCUACAUCCGCUUCAAAAAAGCCCUCGACGCGCAGGGCAUCUCACGCGACACACUCCCCUACCGCAGCUGGUUCCAACCAUACAUUGCAUGGAUAGCCUUCUGCUGCACGACAGUCAUGGCUUUUGUCGGCGGAUACCCCGUCUUCCUGCCGGGCAACUGGUCCAUUCCGACGUUCCUCUUUUCCUAUACGAUGAUUGGCGUUUUUCCCGUUCUGUAUUUCGGGUGGAAGGUCUUUCACAACACGAAGUUCCUUCAGCCUGAGGAGGUGGAUGUUGUUUCGGGCGUCGAGGCUAUUGAGGAGUAUACGAGGAAUUUUGAGCCGGUGCCUCCAAGGUAA